AUGUAAUCUAACACUACUAAAAGCAAAAUAAGAAGAGCAUACAGGCUAUCCACGUCGGAUUUUUUAUUUGGCCAAUCAGGUUCUUUUUUUUUUACACGUCAGACUCGGGUUUGCCUUUUGCCCGAAGUCGAGUAAGAGAUUUCGUGGGCUUCUGAUUUCUCUUUGGGCUUUAAGUUUGAUUCGGGCUUCUUUGUGUUUUUUGUGUAUCGCGAGGAGAAUCAUUUAGGUGAGCCGACAUCUAAACGAGAAGCUUCUCCUCACCAUUACCGCUUCGUGUUCUUCGAUCAAAAAGAGAACCGUAGAUUCCAUCGAUUCAAUCCUAAGCUAUCAAUAGUUCCGUUUCGAUCAAUCAAUACCCCUUCAUUAUGAUUUCUUUUCACCUCCCUCUUUUCCUCCUCUUAUAUAAUUGAUCUUCCUUCUCCGUAGAAUGCAAAACCCUAGAAAAACUCAAAUCUCAAGAUAUGGCGAUGAAACGAAAUGGAAAGUCUCCUGCGUCUUCCGAGUCUGACGAAUCAGUGAUGUUCUUCAGAGAUGUCUCUCUCGGUCCCCAUGAAACCCGGUUGCGAUUCCGACUCAUCCAUUUCUGGGAGGCUCAGAACCCGGUGAAGAAGACCCUUAUUGGUCUGGAAAUGCUUCUCAUCGACGAGCAGGGAACUGUCAUUCAAGGAUUCAUCCCACCAGGUCGUAUUAAGAAAUACCUGCCUGAGAUGAAGCGAGGUUCAGUUUACGAACUCAUCAACUUCUACGGAUCGAAGAACAAACCGAUGUAUCGGGUUGCUGAUCAUAUCGCAACCGUGUCCUUCGCAUGGAACUCUGAGUUGUCGGUUCUUCACGACAUUCCAAUCCCUUUUGAUGAAGACCGUUUCAGGAUGCAUUCGUAUGAGGAUUUUGAGGCCAACUGUGAUCUCAAAGGUGACCUCUACGAUGUUCUUGGCCACAUGAAGCUGGUUGAUGGACAGGCUCUUACCGAGCGUCCCACCAUUGAUGAAGCGAAGCUCGCUACCACUCGGCACAUUAUGGUUCACGUGCAAUCACAUGAAGGACCUGUUAUGAAGCUUUACCUCUGGGACCAGGCAGCAACGGACUUCUGCAAGAAGUUUAAGUCCUAUGAAAACACUCCCACAGUUCUUUUGGUCACAGCUGUUAACACUAAACGUCUCGGAGGUAACCUGGCACUGAGUUCUAUGUCUCCCACACGGGUUUUCAUGGACUAUGAUGUGCAACCAACAAUUGAUUACUUCGCGUGGCUCUCCUCGAACCCAGAGAUUGCUAAGCAGGUUAGUGCAGAGGUGGUCACUAAGCGGGAGACGAUGACCAUAUCUGACAUCUUCUCCUACAUGACUCUGGAAUCUGCAAAGGAUGCCUUUUUUGAGUGCACUGCCACGAUUGAUGAUGUGGUUCAUGGAUCUACUUGGUACUAUAUUGCAUGCACUGGGUGUCAUAGUAAGGCUACCAAAGGCGCAAAUUCAUUGAUUUGCACGAACCCAAGAUGUGUGAAGGAUACCACAGCUGGAGUUGCACAGUACCGUGCAAAGAUUUCGGUCUAUGACAGCAGUGAACAAGGUUUCUUUGUCCUGCUUGGUGAUGCUGGUUUUCAGUUGACUGGGAGGCAUGCAUCUGAGUUGGUCAGCAGCUACUUUGAGGCCAAUAAAGACAAAGGUCCUGACCAUGAAGUGCCUGUCCCGGAAGCUCUGAUCAGCAUAGUCGGACAGACCCAUAAGUUCUGUGUAAAAGUUACAGACCACAACUUCUCUGGCAACACCCGAGCAAUCACUGUGACCAAGAUCCUCCCUCCGGAGACAUCAUCACCCACAAAAGGCUCCGUUGAUAACGCUAUUGCUGCAACAUCCAUGGAAGCAGUGCAGACUGGAAGUGAAGUGUGUGGGCCUUCAAAAAGCCGUGGAAAUUCUGCAGAUGAAGAGAGUAAGAGAACGUUUGACAGUGUUGAUCCAGAGAAAGUCAAACGGGCAAGGUGUGAGAAAUAAUGAUUCAGUUCGAUGAUUCUUAAGUCUUUGCAUUGAACUUCAAGUACUAUGUUGGUUUUUGCAAGUUUGCUUCAGUUUGGUACUAUUUUGGUUUUUAACAACACUUUGCUUUGUUUCUUUUCAUUUCAAACUUUGGAUUUUAAUCGAUUAAACUAUCCUUCCUAUAUAGUUUACUCAGA